CUAGUAAAUCACCACAUCCAUAGUACCAUUGAGCUAAGACGUUGUUGGUCUUCCGUUGCUCGACCGCACACUAUCUUCUUAUCUUUCUUUCUUUGUCUUUCUUAUCAUUCGCCCACCCACCACCUUUAAGGCACCUUAAAGGGGUCUCGCGAUAACCAAAAACCCCUGUUCUCGCCUUUGCUUCAUUGUUGUCUUUAUCUGCCAGCCAGCCUCGUUAUCUGUCAGCGUCUUGCCUCUUUUCGGAGUAUUCGCCAGCAAGAUAAUUGACCUUACAUAAUGACCAUUACUUCUAGACCACAUGGGGGCUCGUUAACCGUUAUCGUGUCCACGAGAGCGGUGUUAACCCUGCCCGAUGAUAGCCUCUUUCUCAGUCCAGCUACCAUAUCUAUUUCACCUACUACCGGGAAGAUAGUUGAAAUUGCACAUACUAUCCUACCCAAGGUGUCAUUUCCCCCUUCGACCACCUAUAUCAACUACGGCUCCAAACUCAUCAUCCCGGGACUCGUUGACGCCCACGUGCACCUUAACGAGCCAGGCCGGACAGAAUGGGAGGGGUUCAAUACCGGCACCAGAGCGGCUGCUUCUGGUGGUGUGACUACCGUGGUUGAUAUGCCGCUUAAUGCUAUUCCGCCUACUACCACCUUGGCUGGCUUCAAGGAAAAGCUUGCUGCUAGCAAAGGCCAAUGCUGGGUUGAUGUAGGGUUUUACGGAGGCGUUAUCCCCGGAAAUGCGAAUGAGUUGCAACCGUUAGUGGAAGCAGGCGUUCGUGGGUUCAAGGGGUUCUUGAUCGAAUCGGGUGUCGAGGAGUUUCCAGCCAUCUCGUCUGGGGAUAUCGCGCUCGCUAUGAAAGCAUUGAACGGCGCACCGACGACGCUUAUGUUUCAUGCCGAGAUGAUUCCCCCGAUUGCAGAUUCUGUUGGUGACGCAGUGCAAGCCUCGGACCCCCCGCUAGCGCCCCACGGCGAAUUGAAGUCGUACCAAACAUUCCUAGAAUCCCGACCACCGUCCUUCGAAACCUACGCGAUCGACGAGAUUAUCUCCCUUGCGCCCCUGGCUCCAAGUCUACAUCUUCAUAUCGUACACCUGUCGGCAACCCAAGCGAUCCCGAUCCUCAAAGCUGCCCGCAAGUCCGGAAUAGACAUCACUGCUGAGACGUGCUUCCAUUACUUGGGAUUGGCAGCUGAAAGCGUUGAAGAUGGUGACUGCAGAUACAAGUGCUGUCCGCCAAUUCGCGAACAACUAAACCAAGAUGGGCUUUGGGAGGAACUGAUGGCGCCGGACUCGUGCAUUAAGACGGUCGUUUCCGACCAUUCGCCCUGCACACCGGAGCUCAAGCUCCUCCCGCCUCACCUCCUGACCAUUGAAGCUCCUAAUAUGCACCAUUCCGAUUCGGGUAUCGAUAUGACGGCAGACUUGGCCCUGACGGAACAAGAGCAGACGCAGGAAAAUGCACAAGUAGCCAAACAAGUGGGCGACUUCUUUGCGGCGUGGGGCGGCAUAUCGUCGGUCGGGCUUGGCCUACCUAUCCUUUACUCAUCAGCUAAGAAACGUACCGCUGCCGGCAGCGUAGCUCCGAGCAUCCUCGACAUCGUGCGCUUAUGUUCUGUUGCGACUGCUAAACAGGUCGGACUAUCGCACCGCAAGGGGGCGCUCAAAGUGGGUAUGGAUGCCGAUAUUUGUGUGUUCGAUGAUACGGAGGAAUGGGUGCUGAACUCCGGUGGUAUGCAUUGGAAAAACCGUUGCUCGCCUUGGGAAGGUCAGCGAUUUGCGGGCCGCGUCAAGGAAACUUGGCUACGAGGUCAGAAAGUCUUCGAGUAUGGAGGCAUUAAUGGUGGAUUCAUUAGUGGAAAGCCCGUGGGUGAGGCAAUCACGGAGAAGAGGAUGGCUUGAGCAUUAGAAAAAGACUGGGCGCGGGGUUGAUGAAAUGGGGAAUAGAUGGGGAAGACGGAGAAGCAAACAAAGCUGGCGUUAAUGACUGAUAUUUCGUGAUGAACUUAAUGACAAAGCAUGGAUUGCGAGUAGGGGAAUAGGAGUGGUUUCAGACGGAGUCCAGGCAUCAUACAUAUUACGCAUCUGU